AUGUCCGACUCAGAUUUUAUGUGUGAUGAUGACGAGGAAUAUGAUUUGGAAUAUUCCGAAGAGAGCAACUCAGAACCUGAUGUUGAUUUGGAGAACCAAUAUUAUAAUUCCAAAGCCUUGAAAGAGGAUGAUCCAAGGAAAGCCCUGGAGAGUUUUCAUACAGUGUUGGAACUUGAAGGGAAAGAUAAAGGAGAAUGGGGCUUUAAAGCCUUGAAGCAGAUGAUAAAAAUUAAUUUUAAACUUGAAAAUUAUGAUGAAAUGAUGAUCCGUUACAAACAACUGCUUACUUAUAUUAAAUCCGCAGUAACCAGAAACUACUCUGAAAAAUCCAUCAAUUCAAUCUUGGAUUAUAUCUCCACGUCUCAACAGAUGGGAUUGUUACAGAAUUUUUAUGAAACCACCUUGGAAGCACUAAAAGAAGCCAAAAAUGAAAGGUUAUGGUUUAAAACUAACACUAAGCUUGGCAAACUUUAUUUUGAUCGAAAUGAAUAUGGAAAGUUAAUGGCCAUUCUUAAAGAGCUUCAUAACUCUUGCCAGACGAAAGAAGGCGAAGAUGACUUGAAAAAGGGGACGCAACUUCUGGAAAUUUAUGCACUAGAAAUUCAAAUGCACACUGUCCAAAAAAAUGAUAAGAAAUUAAAGAAACUUUAUGAACAGUCUUUGCACAUUAAAUCUGCAAUUCCACAUCCACUAAUCAUGGGAGUGAUUCGAGAAUGUGGUGGAAAGAUGCAUUUGCGAGAAGGAGAAUAUGAAAAAUCACACACUGAUUUCUUUGAAGCAUUUAAAAAUUAUGAUGAGUCUGGAAAUCCCCGACGUACCACAUGCUUAAAGUAUUUGGUUUUAGCUAAUAUGUUAAUGAAAUCUGGAAUAAAUCCAUUUGAUUCUCAGGAAACAAAACCUUACAAGAAUGACUCUGAGAUUCUUGCAAUGACAAAUUUAGUGAGUGCUUAUCAAAAUAAUGACAUUGAUGAAUUUGAAAAGAUUCUUCAAAGGAACAAACAAAAUAUUAUGGAAGAUCCAUUCAUUCGUGAACAUAUUGAAGAUUUGCUGAGAAAUAUCCGGACUCAGGUUCUUAUUAAAUUGAUCAAGCCAUAUACUCGAAUACACAUUCCUUUUAUAUCAAAGGAACUGAACAUAAUGCCCCAAGAAGUGGAGAGUUUAUUGGUUUCAUGUAUAUUGGAUCAUACAAUAAAUGGUCGGAUAGAUCAGGUGAAUAAAGUCUUGGAACUUGUUCGAGAGACAACAGGUGUUGCCCAGUACAAUGCUUUAGACAAGUGGACAUCCCAAUUGCACUCAUUACACCAAACAUUCUCUCUUUUACUCAUUGUCCUUUCUUUUCUCUCUCACGUUUCCUCUUUUCUUUCUUUUUCUUUACACAAGUCCAAUUUCACACACGGUCCGGCUGUAACAGAGAUAUACACUUUCUUCUUCUCUCUGGUUUUCUCUUUUCUUUCUUUCUUUCUUCUUUACACAGUUCAGCUUCAAACACUGUUCGGCUGCAACAGAAAUAUAUACUUUCUUCUCUCUGGUUUUCUCUUUUCUUUCUUCAAACGCAGACUGUAUUCUCUUCUGUGA